AGAAGCACACACAUCGGUAGGUCAUUACUAGGACCUUCUGCGAUCUUUUCAUAGAUAUGGUGCCCGAGCAAGGGCACUGCAUUCCAGAGGGUACAAUAGACUAUGGGCGCCAUUGGAUUCUUUCUCGCGAUCCUAUGGCCUUCCCGGAUCCUGAAGUUUUCAAUCCUCAGCGUUGGCUUGAUUCAGAAGGCUGCCUUAAGGACAAUAUAAAAUUCAUCGUAUAUGGCUUUGGUAGACGUGUAUGUCCUGGCAUGCACCUCGCAAACCAGUCAUUGUACAUUGCCAUCGCAUUUCUUUUGUGGUCUUUCCGCAUUGCUCAACGACCUGACUCCCCGAUCGACACACGCCUUCAGUGACAUGAUUAUUUCUCAUGCAGCGCCGUUUGAAAUUGAUGUUAUUCCCCGGAUAAAAGUUGCGAAGCUGAGAGAGAUGAUGACGACCGAUGAGCGUAUGAAUUGAAGAUAUCAUAUAGGAAUUUGUCUUUGAUGCCCUCGCUUUUCCCUUUUUUUUCCGAGGACCGCAUCUUGAGGAAAAUUUCUCCUUCAAAAAUGUAUAAUCAAUCUGAG